CAAAAUGAAAGUGAAAGUAGAGUUUGCUGUGGGGAGUUACAAUGGAACUCUGAAGACAUAUUUCUCCAUAUUUGUUCUCAUCCAUCAGACUACAGAAUAGUCGAGGACACUGUCGAAAACUAACAUGACCAAUAUAUCAAUAAUAUUGCAAUCCUUUCUUGCCUUUAGUUACGUUAUGCACGGUAAAUUGGUCAGCUUUUCGUACUGUACAUUUGAUUUGGUGUUGGAUGUGUUACUGGUGGCACAGUUAUUGUAUAUUCUGUAUACUCAAUUAACCUUAGGUUGUAGCUAAUUUACAACAAAAACACUUUGUUGAGUUAAAGGGGCAAUCAGAAGAUGCUACGUCCAUUUCUGGACUUAUAAGUCUAUGGAGCAAGUUGUCCAGUUCUGGAGUGCUGGUUUGUCCAGGAGAAACCAGGUGGUGGCUUCCAUGCUGCUAUGAGCCAGGAGAAGUCACUACUUUACAUCAAUACAGACCCAGACAGUGAAGAAACCAGGUCAAAGCAGGGACCACCUACAGACCAUGAUAGAGUCUACUACGUCACUGACCCAGCAGCUACCCUCUGCAGUUCUUCUCUGCACCCACCAGAAGGCUCAGUCCAGAAAUCACAGUGUGAGAUCAACCCCUUCAUGCCUCAGCCAUCCACUGUCCAAUGGACAGUCCCACUCACGGACUCUGCCCACAGUCCGAUCUACCUGCAAGCCGACUGGUACACUGCUACCUUGCAGGGCUUUGACGGACAGCUGCGCCUCUCCAAUGUCUUGCGUGCUCCCACGGCAACCAAGGAACCCAAGGUGGUGCUCAGUGUGUCCAGUAGAACCUUCAUGAUCCGUUCCAGACUCGGGGAACCAGUUGUUCUAGACUGUGGGUUCUGGGUGGAUGCCUCUUCUCCUCUCUCUGGCUCUGGCUUCGCCGUGGAGUGGCGCUACCAGUUCAGGGGCGAUGGCCGUCUGGUCCUGGCCUACGACGGCAAGAGUGACCGAUUUGCAGAGACCCAGGAAGAGGGAUCGGGGCUAGACUUCACGGCUCUGCACGAGACAGGAGAUGCAUCACUGAUCCUGCAGGAAGCUCAAGUGCGCCACUCAGGAACCUACAUCUGCAUGGUGUACUUGCCCUAUCUCUUGGCUCAGGUGGCAGUGGAGCUGGAGAUUGUAGAGCCUCCUUCCCUCUCCAUCUUCCCCUCCCCACUCCCUCUCUCCAUGCCCGGCCAGGUGGUGACGGUGCAGUGCGAGGCGUCAGGAUUCUACCCCCUCUCCCUGGAGUUCCGCUGGAUGUUAACAGGGCCGGACGGUAAGGUCAGGCCCCUGGGUCAGGGCAGCGUGACAGGCCACAGACAGGGUCCAGACAGCACCUUCAGCCAGACCAGCCGUUUGGAGUUGGACUCAGCCAAGCUGGACCUGGGUGGGGAGGUCACCUGUGUGGCCGUCCACCAUGGAGGCACCCGGCGGGCCAGCGUCACCCUCAAUAUCGCUGGUGUCAGUGCUCCCUCCAUUGAGGACUAUAUGGCGAUGGUUGCUGUGGCCCUGGGGAUCUAUGGUUUGAUCCAGGUCGUCUCCUGGACUUUUAGCUCUGGGUCCGAUGUUGCUAACACACAAGAAAAGAAAGUGAAGUAAAUGUGAUAACACCUGGGACUUCCAGACAGGUGCGGGGGGGCUGCCUUACCCGGGGAACAGCGGGUUAACUGCCUUGCUCAGGGGCAGAACGACAGAUUUUGACCUUGUCAGCUCAGGGAUUCGAUCCAGCAACCUUUCGGUUACUGGCCCAACCCUCUAACCACUAGGAGACUAAGAGACUUGUGCAUAUGAGCGUGUGUACAUGUGGAUGCAGAUAAUUUUAUGUUGUGUUAUUAGUGGUUCUAAUUGGUUAAUGGACCCUGUAUUUGAAGAUUGAACCCUGUCAUUAUUUGCUUUCUAUGGAUUCUGAAGGUAAUCUUUUCAAUUAGAAUAUAGAUUUGUUUUCAUCAUGGAAGUGUGUUUAUAUAUUGUUUACAUUUAGUUUGUUUUGGGUAAUAUUUAAUGAUAUCUUGCCUUGUAUAGACAGUAUAGGCUACUGUGAAUCGUUUUUUUCUUAUUGAUGUUCCUACCAUCACAUCAGAGUUGUUAGAUUAAUGUGUGGUCAGGAAUGAGCAACAACUUUGAGUAAAUGAAGACUAUUUGUGAUGGGAUGUAAUAAAGCCUUUGUUCAUCUUCAGAACAGUUUCGCCUGUUUAAUUUGCAUUAUUGGUCAUGUGAUGAGUAGAUAAGAAGUACUUAUCAUAUGAAAAUCCUAGGAUCUUUUGACUAGGG